AUGGAGAGCAUCCGCAAUACCGGCAGUUGUGCACCAGUAAGUUAACCGACAGGCUCAGUAUGAGAAGUAUUCCCCGGUUGUUUAGCGGAAUUGGGAUCUUUGGUCCGGUGCUGCGCCGCUAUCUUGUGUUAAGAUCAGCGUUAUCGACAUCGGAGCAGAUGGAGCUGGAAUGGACACGAUUGCCAAUUUCGGCCCUUCUGGCACAACGAUCUGGAAAGACUGGUUUGGUGCGGUCUUAAAUCCUGACGAAUAUGGGGCCUCUGCGUGGAGCAAAACUCGGAAGGCACGGAUGCUGUUACUCCGUGGGGACCGGGAGAUUUUCUGGAAGUCUUUGGGUACAGAAUUUUUAUUUUUUUGA